AUGAGCGGCGGGGUGUAUGGAGGAGAUGAGGUGGGAGCUCUUGUGUUUGACAUUGGCUCGUAUACCGUGAGGGCUGGUUAUGCCGGAGAGGAUUGCCCCAAGGCUGAUUUCCCAACCACCGUGGGGCUCAUUAACCACGACGAGGCAGCUAUGGAGAUUGAUGGUGAGAAGGAUACCAAGUCGGGAAAGACGUACUACAUUGACACCAACUCGUUGCACGUCCCUAGGGAGGGCGUGGAGGUCAUCUCCCCUCUGAAGAACGCAAUGAUUGAGGACUGGGAUUGCUUCCAGGCGAUUUUGGAUCAUACCUACUCUAAGCACAUCAAGUCUGAGCCAAACCUGCACCCUGUUCUCAUGUCGGAGGCACCGUGGAACACGAGGGCCAAGCGGGAGAAGCUGACCGAGCUGAUGUUCGAACACUACAACAUUCCUGCCUUCUUCCUCUGCAAGACCGCCGUGCUCACCGCCUUCGCCAAUGGGAGGUCGACAGGUCUCGUCCUGGACAGUGGCGCGACUCACACCACUGCCAUCCCGGUGCAUGAUGGUUACGUCCUCCAGCAAGGCAUUGUCAAGUCACCUCUGGCCGGUGACUUCAUCUCAAUGCAGUGCCGGGAGCUGUUUCAGGAAAUGAACAUGGAAAUCACUCCCCCAUACACGAUUGCCUCGAAGGAGCCAGUACGCGAAGGUGCCUCACCGAACUGGAAGAAAAAGGAGAAGAUCUCCCACGUCACCAAAUCCUGGCACAACUACAUGUGCAACGAGGUAAUCCAGGAUUUCCAGGCUUCUGUUCUCCAAGUAUCGGACUCACCGUACGAUGAACAGGUUGCUGCCCAAAUGCCCACCAUCCACUACGAGAUGCCCAACGGGUACAACUGUGACUAUGGAGCCGAGAGGUUACGGAUACCCGAAGGCCUGUUCGACCCAUCCAAUGUCAAGGGCCUGUCGGGGAAUACGAUGCUGGGGGUCAGUCAUGUCGUCACCACCAGCAUUGGGAUGUGUGACAUCGACAUUCGGCCGGGCCUGUACGGCAGCGUGAUCGUCACCGGGGGUAACACCUUGCUUCAAGGCUUCACGGACCGGCUGAACCGGGAACUCUCGCAGAAAACCCCUCCAAGUAUGCGGCUGAAGCUGAUAGCCAAUAACAGUACAGUGGAGCGGCGGUUCAGUCCCUGGAUUGGUGGCUCCAUUCUUGCCUCGCUGGGCACCUUCCAGCAGAUGUGGAUUUCCAAACAGGAAUAUGAGGAGGGGGGCAAACAGUGCGUGGAAAGGAAAUGCCCCUGAGCAGAAGAACCAAACAGAAAGGACCUCCAUUAGCUGCCCAUAGAUCUACCUGAAAGCCAACCUUUAGCCUUCACCCUCCUUAUCCAUACCCAACAGGCCCGCCCGGGGUCUUUUGGCCUUGGCUUUUCCUCCGACUUGUCUCGCAUGCUUAA